AUGCGGCUCCUCAACACAUCCACCCUAGAGUUCCGAUCGUUCGCGGACAAUGAUCGACCGCCAUACGCGAUCGCCUCGCACCGAUGGCGCGCAGACGAAUCGACCUUCAAGGACUUUCAACAAAAGCGCAACGUCCUCACUGCUGGGCAUACCAAGGUCCUCGGAUUCUGUCAGCUCGUCGACCGAAUGAACACCCGUGCAGGACCGUCAAGAGCGCUUAACGACCUCGGGCUACGGCACCGCUGCGACUGGCUCUGGAUCGAUUCGUGCUGCAUCAACAAGGAGGAUGGAGCGGAGCUGUCUGAGUCAAUCAACUCCAUGUUCCGCUGGUAUGGUGAUGCUGCUGUCUGCUAUGCGUACCUCGCGGACGUCCAACCGAACCAGAAGUUCAGAGCGUCGGCCUUGGACCUCGCUCGCAGUGAAUGGUUCAAGAGAGGAUGGACUCUUCAGGAGCUGAUCGCCCCGCGCACCGUCGUGUUCCUUGCGAACGACUGGGACAUCCUGGGACACAAGUGCGCGUACAGUGAGCAGGUCUGUGGAAAGGUCUGUCGGGGCUAUGGCGACCGCUUGAAUAAGCUCCUUGCACAGAUUACAGGCAUACCAAUAGAUGUCAUUGGAAUGCCGUCCAUCAGCCACCUCAGGAAUAUCUCCGUCGAGCAGAAGAUGUCGUGGACCGAACGAAGAAGCACGACUCGCAUCGAAGAUCAAGCUUACUGCCUGCUGGGUCUGCUCGACGUCUUCAUAUCGCCGAUAUAUGGAGAAGGCGAGUAUGCGUGGACGAGGCUGAUGCAACAACUCGAGGGCGAAAUCGGCAAAGAAGAGCCAGAUGUGGUUUCGACUUAA